CACCUCUGCUCCGAUCAUGUCCAACACCUUCCUGUUCACCUCCGAGUCCGUCGGCGAGGGCCACCCCGACAAGAUCUGCGACCAGGUCUCGGACGCCAUCCUCGACGCGUGCCUCGAGCAGGACCCGUGGUCGAAGGUUGCCUGCGAGACGGCCGCCAAGACCGGCAUGAUCAUGGUGUUCGGCGAGAUCUCGACCAAGGCGCACGUCGACUACCAGAAGGUCAUUCGCGACACGAUCAAGCGCAUCGGCUACGACUCGAGUGAGAAGGGCUUCGACUACAAGACGUGCAACGUCCUCGUCGCCAUCGAGCAGCAGUCGCCCGACAUCGCCCAGGGCCUCGACCACGGCUCGCUCGAGAACCACGGUGCCGGCGACCAGGGUAUCAUGUUCGGCUACGCCACCAACGAGACGCCCGAGAUGAUGCCCCUCACCCUCGUCCUCGCCCACGGCCUCAACGUCAAGAUGUCGGCUCUCCGCCGCAACGGCGAGCUCGGCUGGCUCCGCCCCGACUCGAAGACGCAGGUCACGGUCGAGUACGAGAAGCUGCCCAACGGCGCCGUCAAGCCCCUGCGCGUCGACACGGUCGUCAUCUCGACCCAGCACGCCGAGGAAAUCUCGACCGAGGACCUGCGCUCGGAGCUCAUGGAGAAGGUCGUCAAGUCGGUCAUCCCCGCCAACCUCCUCAACGACAAGACGGUCUACCACAUUCAGCCGUCCGGCCGCUUCGUCAUCGGUGGCCCGCAGGGCGACGCCGGCCUCACCGGUCGCAAGAUCAUCGUCGACACGUACGGCGGCUGGGGCGCGCACGGUGGUGGCGCCUUCUCGGGCAAGGACUGGUCGAAGGUGGAUCGUUCGGCCGCCUACACUGCCCGCAUGCUCGCCAAGUCCCUCGUCGCGGCCCACCUCGCAGAGCGCGUCCUGGUGCAGCUCUCGUACGCUAUCGGUGUCGCCGAGCCGCUCUCGAUCUUUGUCGACUCGUACGGCACGGUCGCCGAGGGCAAGACCGACGCCGACCUGACGGCCAUCCUCCUCAAGAACUUCGACCUCCGCCCCGGCGCGAUCGUCAAGCUCCUCGGCCUCCAGAAGCCCAUCUACGGCAAGACGGCGCACGGUGGCCACUUCGGCCGCAACGACGUCCCCUGGGAGGAGGUCCGCAAGCUCGACUUCUGAGCUCCUCGGCUUUCCUAGAGUGUAGAGCCCUUCCCUUCUGUCCUUCCCGCGUCCCUCAGCAGUACCUUUCCUUCCUUCCUCGGGCCUUUCGCGCGUUCUGUACAGCACCACCACCACCCUAGAGCAUUCUGAGCUCCGGUCGAUCCACCUCUGCCCCUCCCCUCCCUCCCUCGUCCUCGCCCUCCCCACCGUCCGACCCGCUCACAGCGCUCGGGCGCGGUUCAACCUCGCGCCGCCGUACCCCCACCUCGUUCAACGAUACCCUCAUCCCUCGACCCUCUCCUCGUUCUCCCCCUCGUCGUGCGUCGUGACGCCGACGACGGCCGUCGAGCCUCGCCCGUUCGUCUAGCGCCUCCCUCGUCCUCCUCCCUCCCUCCUUCUCCUCUCUCUCUCUCUCUCUCGUCACCCACCUUGCCUCAGCAUCUAUCGCAUACUCCCCUGAAAAUCGACCGCGUCAACCGCGA